AUGACUAAAAUCUCGCGAAGACGGAAAAUUGCUAGCUGGGAAAGCGUGAAGGAGAAAAUUGAAGAAAUGAUGGAAAAUGUGCCGGAACAUACGACAGCUUUGAGUCUACCGUAUGGCAUGCAAGGUCAGCUUUGAAUCUACCGGCAUGCAAGUUUUAUUUGUUCAUCUGUAAAGCAAAAAUUCGGAAAUGUUUUUCUUGCCAGUGAUGAUGAUGAUGAUGAUGAUGAUGAUGAUGAUGAUGAUGAUGAUGAUGAUGAUGAUGAUGAUGAUGAUGGUGAUGAUGAUGAUGAUGAUGAUGGUGAUGAUGAUAGUGAUGAUGAUAGUGAUGAUAGUGAUGAUGAUAGUGAUGAUGGUGGUGAUGAUGGUGAUGAUGAUGAUAGUGAUGAUGGUAAUGAUGAUGAUGGUGGUGAUGAUGAUGGUAACAAUGAUGAAGAUAGUAAUGAUCGAUGAUGGUAGUGGUAACAAUGACAUGUGGUAACAGUGAUAGUGGUGAUGAUGAUAGUAAUUAAUGAUGAUGGUGAUGUUGGUGAUAGCAAUGGUAUCAAUGUUGAUGUUCAUUGUUCAUGUCUUACAAAACUGUUUGAAAUUCAGUAAAAAUGAAAUUUGAACUUUUUAUUUCAGCCCUUUUGUCCUUGAAUUUCCUCAUACACUUGAAAUUCCCUGAAUUUAACUUUUCAUGAGUUUUAAAUGAUUGUAUUUUCCAGGUUUAUAUGGCAUUUCGCAUCCGGAGCCAGUGCGAAUCUUACUUCAUCCAAACAUGAACGAUUACGACACGUUUGUAACACACCAUGGAAAAGCGAAGAAAUUCUACCUCAACUUAUGGACCGUGAACCAAAAAGACAGUCAACCUGAAAAGAAGAAUACUAAAGUUCAACUCAACUAUCCGUUGAAACAUAUUGUGUAUGUGCCAACACAUCGCUGCUUUGUAGCGUUCGCGACAGACCUCACACUUCGUGUGUAUACAACUAUUAAUUUUAUGGAGAUGUCAAGAGUUGAGACGAGCCAUAGCGUCUUGUGUCUCUACCACAAUGCUUGCCGGGAUGACGUUUUAGCUGGCUGCCUUGGUGAGUGAGCGAACUUUUAAUUGUUAAGGUCCAGACACACCGGACGCGGUUCGACAGCGCGACGCGAUUUUUCGAUUUUCAUUGACCGAUAACUUUGAUCCUAGUUCCUAGUUUGAAUUUUCCAAAUAUUUAGAAGCGUUAUUACAUUUUGAGUUAUUUGGUUUACAUAUCUUUCAGAAUUUGCUCUCAUUGGCUGUUUCAUUAACUUUCAAAAAUGAAAAAAUGGACCUUUAAGGCCCACACAACAGACCGGACGCGAUUCGACAACGCGACGCGAAUUUUCAGUUGUCAAAAACGAAUAAAACCGUCAACAGAUAAAAAGUUUACAAGAUAUGCAGGCCAAAUAGCUAAAAAUUGCUUAAGUGGUUCCGAGUAUUUGAAAAACAUAGAAAAAUAGUAAAGUUAAAUGUCAUUGAAAAUUGAAAAUUCGCGUCGCAAUGACGAAUCGCGUCCAGUCUGUACUGAUGGAUCUUUACUACGAGAGAUUCGAGAGAAGCCCCGACGACAGCGGGUUUUCGCUAGAAAUGUCGAAGUUCUCCUUGUAUUUUUCAGGUAGUUGUAUCCCUAGCAAUCCGAAGUUUUGAACUUUUUUCUCAAUACAUAAAUAUUUGUACAAUAACAUAAAAAAAAUAUAUACAAUAUAUACGAACAUAAUAAACUUCUUAUUCUAACUAACUCAAAAUAAUAUGAUCAAGUUCUCUUGCUUGUCAGAAAUUGUCAAUCUCAUUGCAAAACUAUUGUCAAAAAUCAAAAUAUAAGUUGGCUGUUACGCAAGCAAUUUCAAUGUUGUCAGCAUCAACCUUAUAUUUCUUCCGUAAAGAACGUGGACACCAUUUUCAACUUUAUCACUCAUUAAUUAUAUUUUGUGUUCAAUAUGUAGACCACAGUAAGACUUUUUUAAUGUUUACAUUACAUUAACACAUCCAGGUAUAGGAUUUCGAUUUGAAUUUAAACUAACUUGCGCAUAUUAGUGUAUGAUGUACACAUUAAAAAAGUCUUACUGUUGUCUAUACGUUGAACACAAAAUAUAUUACAAUUUAAUAAGUUCUUUGUAGGUUUGCAUGGCGCUAAAAUAUUUAAUACUUUUUGUUUGUGGAAACACCACGUAAAUUUAUUACUGCAAAGCUUUCGAUCCGUAAGCCCGGAUCUUCAUCAGUGGACAUAUUAUUAGCACUGAUGAAGAUCCAGGCUUACGGAUCAAAAGCUUUGCAGUAAUAAAUUUACGUGGUGUUUCCACAAACAAAAAGUAUUAUAAUUACAAUUUAUUUUUAAUGCAUGAUAUAUAAAAUUGUCCCACGUUUGGGGGUAUUUUGUAAAUUAUAUUUAGAUUUUUCUUCUAUUCGCAGGUUUUGUGAUGAUCUGGAAGUUUCCCCACGCGCAAAGUGACCCAAUGUUUCCGACGCAAAAGAUCGAGUGUCCAGCGAUCCAUCCUGAUUACUGGGUGACUUGGAUUAAAGUGGAUAAGCUGUCAAGACAGUUGUUACUGAAUUGUGAGGAAGCUAUAGUUAUAUUAGAUGAACGAAGUUAUCAACUCAAGUAUAAUUUUAAAAUCGAUUUCCGUCAUCGUUUGCCGUUCACGUCUUGUGCUUUUUACCAUCCCAGCUGUUACUUCAUCACUGGUGAGUUAGCUGUUCGCUUGUCAGUCUUGACCUCAAUUUCCAUUUGCAAGCCAAAAAUUUCGCUGUCGAAAUAAAUUUCGCUUAAGGGACCGCGGUCAUAAAGUAACUGCUUUUGGUAUCUCCACGGUUGGGCUACCAAACAAAAACCCAUGUCAAAAAAUAAAGAUAUUAAUAAUAAAACUAAACAAAACUAUCCAAAUUCUCAAAUGUAAGUGAUGCUAUUGAAGCCAGUACUUUGUUUAUACAACAACAAGAAGUGGUCGAAUCACAGCAAAUACGACCAACUGGAGAGCAGCUCAGUAUCGUAAUUGGUGAUGAAUGUGUUGGCCAAGCUUGGUGGAAUUAUGUACAUGCAGUGUAUGUCAAAUACAGUGCCCAUGGGCGUACCGGAAGGAAAAAAUUAGGGGGGCGGAAAGAAAAUUGCCCGACUUUUCGGGAUUCUGCCCGACUAGUACCAAAAAAUUUUUUCCGGAAAAAUUAUUUUUGCGACCUUCCCCCCCCCCCGUCGCCAAAAAAUUUCGGUCAGUGUACCAUUUUAGGGGUCAAAAAAAUUUUCCGGACAACCAAUAUUUUUCGGAACAUAACACAAAUUUUCCAAAAACCACAAAAUUUUCCCAAAAAUUCACUUAAUUUUCACAAAAUUGAAUGAAUUUGUCCCAUUUUUUUUUAUUGCAAACCAAAAUUGCCCGACUGUUCAUCGAAUAUUGCCCGACUGCCCAAAAAACUGGGGGGGCUACCGCCCCCAUACAAUACAAUGUUCAUACCUGCAAGUUUUUUAUUAUAAAAGUGUAUUUUCCCAAUUUAAAUUGGGUGGGUCAUGAAAAAAAUUUUGUAAGAUUAGAUGGGCUUUGAAAUUUUUAUCUACAUCCUAAGAUGGGUCACCAAACGUAUUGGCAAAAUUUGUGAUUUACCGCCAGCCCACCCUAGCAGUUACUUUAUGACCAGUCCCUAAUUUCAUUUGAAUUAUGAGCGUUCAAGUAGAACUGAUAUAUUUGAUAUAGAUAUAUAUGAUAGAUAUAUAUGAUAGAUAUAUAAAUAUUUCUCUGCAAAUCUGCCAUGGCAUUCAACACAUAUCUUGCAAUAAAUGGUCGUAUCGUCUUAGUUCAGACCUGAUUACUUGCUUUUUCAGGAUCUAAAGAUUACGCUGUCAAAGUGUGGAACACCAGUCUCAAUCAGUGUCCUUUGGUCACAAGUUUUUCUGGUAAAUGUUCUUUUCUGUUAUUUUGUCUCUCUUAUAGCUUAUUGCUUUGUAGUUGUUGCCUUUCAAUAAGCACUACAACCCAACAGAUACGCCAGUCAACUUUAGAAAUGUUCAAGGAGAUUAAAUAAAUAUUACUAAACCCAUUGAGCGCCAACACUCUUCCCUUGACUGACGAUUAAAAUCGCCUGGCGUUAAGCAGAGUAAAAUAAUGAAAUAGGGCGCGUUGCCACAGAAUAGAGACUAUACAGACGAUUGACUUCUUGGGUUUUCCUAUGAUUUUGGCGUAACCGUAAUUCCUCAUCAAAAUGCUCACGCCAUUGCGCUUAUGAGAAGUAUUCACCCUCCCCUGAUGAUAUUCAAAUUGGCGGACGUCCAGGGGCCGAAUGCCUCUCGUAAGCGCACUAGGACCAUGGCGUCAGCAUUUUGAUGGCUGAGUCGACCUUCUAUGUGUCUUUAGGGAGAGGUCAUUAUUUAUGGUGGGGGGUGGCACCGAAGAGAAAUGUUUUCCGUGUCAAAAAUUUUGCUGACCCAACCUUUAAAAAGACAAAAAUUUGAUUACCCAACCUCAAAUAUCAAUUAAAAAAUAACUACCCACCCCUGGCCAAAAAUUUAACAAAAGGAUACCAUUCAGUUGUCAUACAUGUCCUUUAUCACUUCAGUGACAUGAGUUUGAUAACGGCUUGUGAAAUUUUCUGCAGUCUAAAGUUUCAUGUUGUCUGCACAUGUACUUUCUUUGGAAACUCAAUUUGUUUUGUCAAACUAUGAUCAAGAUAGUGACUCUGAUUGAUUCACAUAUUGUGUUGACAAAUGACUGUUGACAUUGCUUUUCAGUCUCCAAUAUUUCAGUGGGUCAUGCUUUGGAAAUGACAAUAAAUUUUUAUUACCCAACCCUUGAGUUGUUUUGUUUUUCAUUUACCCAACCUUUUUCUUGCUCAAAAUUUUGUUUACCCAACCCUUUUCUCUUCGGUGCCACCAUAAAUAAUGACCGGUCCCUUAUUCUGUGGCGUUGCAUCUAACUGGGUGAAUCAUAUGGUUUCGUAUGUUUUUAAUAUCGUUUCCAGGCCACUGCAAUGCGAUAACUGCGCUUGAGGUGGACAUUCCACAUCAUCUGGUAAUCUCAAGCUCAACUGAUAAAACUAUUCGCUUCUGGUGUUUGGAAACAUUCGCGCAGACUUACGUCUUGGAGACUGGUGAGGAGGUCCACCACAUGGAACUUAUGACGUCACGAAGACUAUUCUACCAAUCCCAUGAGCAUAUUCGGGUUUGGAACUUGAAUCAUUUUCAUACCUUAUUCACGGUGUUAGGUUUCGAGAUUGUGACAUCACGUCGCGUGGUGUCUCGCGGGUUCCCCACGCGGUUGUUAUUGCAGGGUAAAGAUGGUGCCAUAAGGAUAGUAUCACCGAGUGAUGGGACUAUUAUUACCACUAUGUUUCCCCUGGAGACCCUCCCUGAGGGCAUCGUGGACUACGCGUAUAACCCACGCGAGGACAGGCUGUACGUGGUGUUAUCGUCUGGGGCGAUACUGGUGUUUAAUACAAGAACUAAUCCUUGCAAGUUAGUGGCCAAUUUCUGAUUCUGACCACAUAGAUAUCUUGAGAUUGCCAAACUGAACUAAACUAAAUGGAUAGCUCUAUCAGUUGUAAACUGUUCUCUCUAGAGGUCCAGUAAGAGUCAUCUCUUAUUGAUCCAGUGUUACUACAAGAGGAAACCUAAACUAAACUAACAUUAUUUAUAUACUGGAUAGCUCUAUCAGUUCUAAAGUUUUCUUCCUAGAGGUCCAGUGAGGGUCGUCUCUAAUUGAUCCAGUGUUACCACAGGAGGAAACCUAAACUAAACUAACUUUAUUGAUAUAUUGGAUAGCUCUAUCAGUUCUAAACUUUUCUUCCUAGAGGUCCAGUAAGGGUCGUCUCUAAUUGAUCCAGUGUUACUACAGGAGGAAACCUAAACUAAACUAACUUUAUUUAUAUACUGGAUAGCUCUAUCAGUUCUAUCAGUUCUAAACUUUUCUUCGUAGAGGUCCAGUAAGGGUCGUCUCUAAUUGAUCCAGUGUUACUACAGGCGGAAACCUAAACUAAACUAACCUUAUUUAUACUGAAUAACUCUAUCAGUUCUAAACUGUUUCUCCUAGAGGUCCGGUAAGGAUCAUCUAUAAUAAGAUCUAGUGUUACUACAAAAGGAACCCAGAAUACUUGAAGAAAACCUGUGGUGUUUGGUAGAGUCUGGAAGCACUCUUGUCACCUGUGACUGAGGUCCUGCGUCUUUCUAAUGAUUCGUCGUACUCUUAAUAUCUGCAUUAUACGUUGGAGUACUCCAUUACUUGAUGUAUGCAAUUCCUAAUUCUUCGCAUUAUUUUUCAGUACUUACCAGUUAUGGAAAUCGGACGCGUUUGAUGGGGAGAGAGUUGUGUCGGCAUCAUUGGCAGAGUCGUAUGGAGUGAGCUGUAUCACCAUGAUGAAUGUUGAUGAAAUAUCUGCGACAGCAGAGGAUGAAAUACAUCAUUAUACGCUGUUGUUUGCUGGCCUCAACAAUGGACAUAUCUCAUUGGUUUAUAGCAAUGGUAAGAUAUCUAUUUUUAAGUUCAAUAUAGCCCGAUGCCCCAUCUGUCGUGUCUGUUGCAACAAUUCCAGACCGUAUCACAAUAGUCUAAUGUUGGUAGAACAUAGGAUUUGUAAACGAUGUUGGCAGUAUGCAUCGAAAUAUCAUUCCGUAGAAACGCUAGAAACGUCAAUGUUUUGUUUAUAUUUUUUAUAUCUCUCUCAAUCUGUAGCUACCAACACUUAGCACGGUUCGAGAUUUACCCAGCCCUGGGCUGAAUUUUACUUUUGUAUUCUAGAGCUCAGCAUGCAUGAUACAAUUGAAGCGCACUAUGGAAAGAUCGCGUUACUGCGUGCAUCUGAAGGCUUGAACCAAGGCAACUCCUUGUACUCCGCCAUAUUGGUAUCUUGUGGUGAAGACUGCGAACUGAAAGUGUGGAAGAUCGUGUUUCGUAAUUAUUCUGCCAAGAUUAUCUCACUAGAACUAUGGAGUUACGUCAAGUUACUGAGUAUACCGCAUGAUAUGGAGACCAUUGGGUACACAAUAGGGCUAGCUAUGGAUAAUAAUGCUCUUAUGACGUGUAGGUAAGUAGGUUAAAUAUGUACAAUAAUGGAUAAGAGGGAAUGUAUGGGGGUAAUUGGGUACACUGUCGGGGUAGUGAUGGAUAAUAAUGCACUUAUGACAUGUAGAUCAGCAGGUUUGUAUGGGUGUGGUAGUUGAUAAAGGGGUGUAUUUUUGAACGGAUUGCGUUAUCCACAGGAUAGUGACUUUUUCAAACUUUCUAAGAUUGACCGUUGAUUGGUUUAGAUUGAAAUUUAUUUUUAGUGUUAAUUUCGCAGAUUCACGCCACAUAUCCUUAAAUUAAGCUACCGUGAAGUGUUCUGGUGUUUUUUCUUGAAAUAUUUCAACAUUUACUCAAUGAUUAAUUUUGUUUAUACUUCAUUUAAAUAGCUAGCCUUUAAAUAAAUAACGCUAAUCUUAAACAAACAUUACUUGUGCUGUUUGCAUAACACACAGCAAGGACGAAGAAAAAUUUCUACCAGUUCCGAAAUAUAUUUCAACCAGUUCCGAAGUUUGUUGCCGACUUUAUUUCAACCAGACUAUUCUGCUUGAUGUUUUUAGGGUGAAUCCAGAAGCUGAACACCCCGCACGAAGCAUUCACAGUCAUCGAGAUUCCUUAUCAAGAAGUGGACUAUUGGACUUAGAAUGUUCUACUUCGACCGUUGAAGAAUCGCACUCGAAAAUUAUUACUGGGGUAUGGUAGAUUCAACAGACUUUAUAUGUAGGACUACAUUGAACCUGAGGGGAUUUUGGGGAUGUGUCUUUCAUCUUUCUGGCUAGGGUUUCAUUCCCGCAAUAUUCAAGUUGUCUCCUUGAUAUUUUACAUCAAUCUCAUGCGAGAAGAAUACUUCAAGUUUGACUCACCAAAUACCGUAGUUUGCAUGUGGCUAGAAAGGCCCACACAGACCGGACGCGAUUCGGCAACGCGACGAGAAUUUUCGGUUUUCAAAAACCAAUAAAACCGUCAGCGUCACUCUGACGGUAGAAUUUCGUUCCGUUUUCAAACUCUUACGGUUAGCAUAUAUCGUUUUCAAACUCUUACGAUUAGUGUUACGGUUUCACAUUUUUUCAUACCGGCAUCGUGUGAACGCAACCCCUAAACGUAAAAAUUUCGUUUAUAUAUUUAUCUACGUUUCGUUAUAUUUAUCUACGUUUCGACUAUAUUUCAGUCAUCAUAAGGAUAAACUGAUGAUGACUGAACUGAUAGUCGAAACGUAUAGAUAAAUAUAAAAAUGUUAUCGAUCUUUGGAGUUCAGUGGUUCUAAAAUAUUUUGUAGCUUGUGCCUGUUUUAGGCAUACCUUUAGCCAGGGUUUGUGUCUAUAAAGUAAAUGUUAUCGAUCUUUGGAGUUCAGUGGUUCUAAAAUAUUUUGUAGCUUGUGCCUGUUUUAGGCAUACCUUUAGCCAGGGUUUGUGUCUAUAAAGUACGCCUGUUUUCGACAAACCUUAUAGCCAGGGUUUAUAGUUAAAGGUAUGCCUGUUUUAGGCAUACCUUUAGCCAGGGUUUGUGGUCUAUAAAGUACGCCUGUUUUCGACAAACCUUAUAGCCAGGGUUUAUAGUUAAAGGUAUGCCUGUUUUAGGCAUACCUUUAGCCAGGGUUUGUGGUUAGAAAGUACGCCUGUUUUCGACAAACCUUAUAGCCAGGGUUUAUAGUUAAAGGUAUGCCUGUUUUAGGCAUACCUUUAGUCAGGGUUUGUGGUUAUAAAGUACGCCUGUUUUCGACAAACUUUAUAGCCAGGGUUUAUAGUUAAAGGUAUGCUUGUUUUAGACAUACCUUUAGCCAGGGUUUGUGGCUACAAAGUACGCCUGUUUUUGGCAUACCGCAAGUUCUAAACUGUUCUCCCUAGAAAUCCAGUAAGAGUUAUCUUGUAUUAGUCCAGUGUUACUGCAGAAAAGCUGUGACAUACCUGUCAUGAAAAUGGGGCAAAAUACAAUGAUAUAUACAAGUGUGUAUAUUGCAGGAAUCUUCCCUUUCACUCGUCAUCUUCUACCUUAUUUUUUUUCAGCUUUCAGCGUGUCCAACACUUGGUCUCUUUGCGACCUCAAGCGAUGACUGGAGUGUUAAAAUCUGGAACACUGACGCAAAACUUCUGAAAGAAAUUUGCUUCGAGGAGUCCCUGCGUGGCGUGUGCUUCGCGAACACGCGUGGCGAUCUCCUGGUUGGUUUCCAGUCCCAUAUCAGUAUUGUCCCGCUCACUAACUAUCUGCCACUCAAGAUACUCGAGACGUUGUCAACAAUGGAUUUUCCUGAUGACAUAUUUGAACAUCAUUUGCCGUUUGAUCGCAUGUUGACUUUUUCCUACGAUCCAUUACGGACUCCGUGUUUACCUCUGGACCUUGAUCAGCGACGACUGGUGUUACAACAGGACGAGCAUUGUAUGAAG